AUGGCGUCUACUAAUUUCUUAACUGUAAAAACGCACUUAUCUGAAUUUAAAAAUAAUUCGGAUAGAGAUACAAUGAGCGAGGCAUCGGAAAGUGGUACGAGCAAUUCUGUGACGUCAGCAGAAGAUUUGCAAAAACUGGCGGUGAUACUCGGGUUAAACAGUGCUGAAGAUGUUUAUCAGGAAAGAUUUCGCGUGGACAGGCGAAGACUGGAGGGAAUGCUGGCUGAUCCUCAUGUGCGCGUAGCUGGAAGACUUGAUGAUGUGAAACUAGCCCGGGAAAAGAUUAUGCAAGUAUUGGAUACCAGGGGCGGGCUCACAAUCAAACGCGUGAUGGAAGAGACUGGCUGCCACAUCCACUUCCCGGAUUCGAACCGCACCAGCACCAUGGAGAAGAGCAACCAAGUGUCAAUAGCCGGCGAUAUGGAGAGAGUGGAACGGGCCAGGGCACGUGUUCGGGCGCUGACGCCGCUGGUGUUCUGCUUCGAACUGCCGAUCGUGGCCCCCUCGCAGCCGCUGCCCGAUAUCAACUCGCCCUACGUGCAGCAAGUGCAGGAGAAGUACAACGUGCAGGUAAUGGUGCGUAAUCGUCCAAAACUACACGCCAACUUGUUGGUGGUGAAAGGAGUCCAGUGGGAAGUGCAGGCCACCAUGGAGGCCACCGAACUGCUCAUGAAGUACAUGUGCGGACCCUUAGCUAGCCAGACGCAAGUGCAGAUGAGCGUGGAGAUCUCGGCGAUGCACCACGGCGUCGUGGUGGGGCGCGGCGCCGAGCAGCUGAAGGCCAUCGUGCGCGCCACGCGCGCCCAGAUCAUGUUCCCCGACGCCGACGACCCUAACAUCCCUGCGCUCAGGAAGAGCUGCGUCACCAUCACGGGCGGCAUGAAGGACGUGUACGCGGCCAGGCAGCAACUGGUGGGCAGCCUCCCACUCGUGGUGAUAUUCGACGUGUCUGAAGAAGCGUGUCGCAUAGAAAACGACAUGGCCGCGAAACUCAUGCAAAAGUACAACGUAUACAUCAGUAUACGUCGUAAACCAAAACAGGGCAUCGCUUCAGUGGUUAUAAAGGGCAUCGAGAGAUGCGCUGGCGACAUCUACGAUGCCCGUCGCGAGUUGCUGGGCGGCAAUGAGCCCCCGGUCACGGCAGAGAUCCCGGAGUCGUACAACAUUCCGGCGAUGCCCGCGGGCGCGAUAAAUUUCGGUGCCUUCAACCCGUUUUCGCCGAGCAACGGCUCCGCCGCGUCGCCGUGUUCGCCGUUCCUAGAUCUGGGCUUCAGCAGCGGGCUGCUGGGCGCGCCGCUGUCACCCGCCUCGCCGCCGCCCUUCCCGACGCUGUCGCCGCAUGCCCCCCCUCACGCCGCAUGCCCCCCUCACGCCGCACGCCCCCCACCCGCCACACGCCCCCUGGAUGAUCCCCUCGCCCCAGCCGCGUGCACAGAUACACUUCCCCGCGCCACAAAACAACGCCCCGCUUAUGUACAAGAACCAGCCCGCUUCAUGGAAUCCGAUGUGCGCAAACGGAGAAAUGGGUGGCAUGCAGCAGCCGGUGGUGGUGCAGCCGUCUUACCAGCAAAUGACGGCAGAUGGCAGGCCUGCGGCGAUGGCAGCAACAUGGUUUCGCCGAGCGUGUCGCCCAUCAGCAAGGCGCACAGCCCCGCGAACUCCGCAGACAACGACCGCUCCCAUCAAGGUCAGUUUGUUGCAGUACGACGGCAGCAACGUGGCUUCGCCGAUCGUGUCGCCCAUCAGCAAGGCGCACAGCCCCGCGCCCUCCGCAGACAACGACCGCUCCCACCAAGCAACGUGGCUUCGCCGAGCGUGUCGCACAUCAGCAAGGCGCACAGCCCCGCGAACUCCGCAGACAACGACCGCUCCCAUCAAGGUCAGUUUGUUGUAGUACAACGGCAGCAACGUGGCUUCGCCGAUCGUGUCGCCCAUCAGCAAGGCGCACAGCCCCGCGAACUCCGCAGACAACGACCGCUCCCAUCAAGGUCAGUUUGUUGUAGUACAACGGCAGCAACGUGGCUUCGCCGAUCGUGUCGCCCAUCAGCAAGGCGCACAGCCCCGCGCCCUCCGCAGACAACGACCGCUCACACCAAGGUCAGUUUGUUGCAGUACGACGGCAGCAACGUGGCUUCGCCGAGCGUGUCACCCAUCAGCAAGGCGCACAGCCCCGCGCCCUCCGCAGACAACGACCGCUCCCACCAAGGUCAGUUUGUUGCAGUACGACGGCAGCAACGUGGCUUCGCCGAGCGUGUCACCCAUCAGCAAGGCGCACAGCCCCGCGCCCUCCGCAGACAACGACCGCUCCCACCAAGGUCAGUUUGUUGCAGUACGACGGCAGCAACGUCGCUUCGCCGAGCGUGUCACCCAUCAGCAAGGCGCACAGCCCCGCGCCCUCCGCAGACAACGACCGCUCCCACCAAGGUCAGUUUGUUGCAGUACGACGGCAGCAACGUGGCUUCGCCGAGCGUGUCACCCAUCAGCAAGGCGCACAGCCCCGCGCCCUCCGCAGACAACGACCGCUCCCACCAAGAGCUGGUCAGCCUGAUCUCUGAGCUGCCGCUGUCGGCGCGGCGCGCGGUGGGCUGCGAGAAGAAGACGCUGCAGACCCUGGGCAAGCUGUCGCCGCUCGCGGACUACCGCAAGCAGCGAGCAGAGGCUGACAAGGCCAUGCGUGAAAACGUCGGCAGCGGAUAUCGAAUACCGACGGGACGCUGGUCCGGAUAUUACUUCAGCCACACUUCGCCCGUACCGAUUUCGCUGAACGAAAAUGAAGGAUCGACCACGCCUGAAAAGGGCUGGAACAGUUCGGAGCUGGUGCGUCCAAAUAUCGUGGAAACGCUCGCCUCUCCUCCGCAGGCGACAAAGAAGCCGUGCCGUUACCAACAGCUGUAUGAUUUACUGCGCGACAUUGGACUACAGAAGUACAUAGAGCUGCAAAAACAAGCGAACGCGUUCAAAAGUAACGGGACACCUUCAGAGAGGAAACUGAUCAAUUCGCCCCCGCAGUACAACACGGCAACACUUUCUCAAGACAAAUGGUAA